AUGUUUGCCAUUGACCUUAUGGAGGAUGAUGGGAAGAUGUGCAUCCUCCAGACUCAGUCUCUUUAUCUGGAGGAUGGGGAUGAAAAUGGGAAGGAGCUGCCAGAUGAGGACAUCAGAGCAGAAGCUGACACCUUCAUGUUUGAGGGCCAUGACACCACCGCCAGUGGGCUCUCCUGGACCCUGUACAAUCUGGUGAGGCACCCGGAAUACCAGGAGCGCUGCCGGCAGGAGGUGCGGGAGCUGCUGAGGGACCGUGAUUCUGAGGAGAAUGAACGGGACGACCUGGCCCAGCUGCCCUUCCUGACCAUGUGCAUCAAGGAGAGUCUGCGGCUACAUCCUCCCGUCCCUGGCAUCUCCCACGGCUGCAGCAAGGACGUUGUGUUCUUGUAUGGCCGGAUUAUCCCCAAAGGUAUCACCUUCCUCAUCAGCAUCUUUGGGAUUCAUCACAACCCAUCUGUGUGGCCAGACCCUGAGGUCUAUGACCUCUUCCACUUUGACCUAGAGAACAUCAAAGACAGAUCACCUCUGGCUUUUAUUCCCUCUCCGUGGGGCCCAGGAGAGGCCAGAGGGUUUAAGGGGAAGGGGCGGAGUCUGGGACUGAGGAUGGGAAUAGUGGGGAGUUGA